AUGAGUCUCUCGUCGUUCCUGUCGUCGUUCCUCCCUGUCGCUUACGCUGACGCUCCCGAGGAAAAGGAGGUGAAGGAGGAGGAGGAGCCCGCACAGGAAGAGGAGCCCGAGGACAUCCUCCCUGCUCUUCGGGAGGAGUGUGAGCAGUCCGCCAAGUGUGCUGAGGCUACGAAGCACUUUCAGCAUUGCGAGGAGAAAGUGAAUGCUGGCGAAGGGUACAAGGGUGAAGAUUGCGUCGAAGAAUUCUGUGCCAUGAUGCACUGUGUGGAUGGAUGUGUCGCACCAAAACUCUUCGCGAAACUCAAGUGA